CUCACGAGCUCUUGGCUGGGCAGCAAUAUUUUACCUCUAAUGACCUCACGCCAGAGCCAGCCAUUCUUGCUGGCUUUCCAGAGCAAUAUUUUGUCACGAGGUGACCCUAAAUGUAAAUACAUCCCCUAAACCAAGUGCAGAGCUCCCCACUGGCUGCUGCACGUAACAAAAGCUUGGGAGAAGGCUGAUUUCCCUUGUUUUUCUUCACUAAUUUAGACUUGUUUUGUUAGUUCCUCGCAUUUGGUAUCACUGAGUGCCUGCGUCUUCUGCAGGAGAGGAGAAACAUCUGCCGUGAGCUGAGCUUUUGUUUGUAUUUCUUUCCGAGGUGUUACUGUUGGAGGCAAAUAUUCCUCUUGGAACGAAGGAGCGGGGAUGCUGCGUGCGAGCACCAGGUAUUUGUAAGAGUAGAAACAUCCGUCACUGCCCAAACCCUCUUCCGAGAGAGCCUCUUCCGAGCGAAACGGAGCAAGGAAAAAGAAUGCUCCUGCUCCACUGCCUGCUGCUCUUGCUGCUGCUGCCGCUCAGCUCCAGGAUGCAGAAACUUCCUACCAGAGAUGAGGAGCUCUUCCAGAUGCAGAUCCGGGACAAAGCGUUUUUUCAUGAUUCAUCAGUCAUCCCAGAUGGAGCCGAAAUUAGCAGCUACCUCUUCCGUGACACACCCAAAAGGUACUUUUUUGUGGUGGAAGAGGACAACACACCCCUAGCAGUAACAGUGACACCCUGUGAUGCUCCCCUGGAGUGGAAACUGAGUGUGCAAGAGCUCCCAGAGGAAGCCAGUGGAGAAGGUUCAGGUGAACCUGAACCUCUUGAGCAACAGAAACAACAGAUUACUAAUGAAGAAGGCACUGAGCUGUUCUCUUACAAAGGCAACGAUGUUGAGUAUUUUGUGUCCUCUAGUUCUCCUUCUGGUUUGUACCAACUAGAUUUGUUGUCAACAGAGAAGGAUACACAUUUUAAAGUAUAUGCAACUACUACUCCAGAAUCUGACCAACCUUACCCCGAAUUACCUUACGAUCCAAGAAUUGAUGUUACUUCUCUGGGACGUACGACAGUAACGCUGGCGUGGAAGCCGAGUCCCACAGCCUCCUUGCUGAAACAGCCAAUUCAGUAUUGCAUAGUCAUCAAUAAAGAGCACAAUUUCAAAAGCCUCUGUGCUGUUGAAGCCAAGCUUAGUUCUGAUGAUGCCUUCAUGAUGGCUCCAAAACCAGGUCUGGAUUUCAGUCCAUUUGACUUUGCCCAUUUUGGCUUCCCCUCAGACAACAAUGCUGGCAAAGAACGUGGUUUUCUAAAAUCACCAUCAAAAUUUGGGCGCCAAAUAUCCUCAAAGCCAAGAGUUGACCUGCACAAAGUUUGUAUUGGGAACAAGAACAUCUUCACGGUGUCUGACCUGAAGCCCGACACACAGUACUACUUUGACAUGUUUGCGGUAAACACUAACACGAACCUGAGCACUGCAUAUGUUGGCACCUUUGCCAGAACGAAGGAGGAGGCCAAGCAGAAAACAGUCGAGCUGAAGGAUGGCAAAGUUACAGAUGUGUUCAUCAAGAGGAAGGGAGCCAAAUUUCUGCGGUUUGCUCCUGUGUCAUCUCACCAGAAGGUCACCUUCUCUGUUCAUUCGUGCCUAGAUGCUGUUCAGAUCCAGGUUAGAAGAGAUGGCAAACUACUCUUAUCUCAAAAUGUGGAAGGAGUUCGGCAGUUCCAGCUGCGAGGGAAAGCAAAAGCUAAGUAUUUAAUCAGGCUUAAAGGGAACAAAAAAGGUGCUUCUAUGCUGAAGAUUCUGGCAACAACGAGGCCUAACAAGCAGUUAUUUCCUUCUCUUCCUGAAGAUACAAGAAUCAAAGCCUUUGACAAACUUCGCACAUGUUCUUCAGUCACAGUGGCAUGGCUCGGCACGCAGGAGAGAAACAAAUUCUGCAUCUACAAAAAGGAGGUGGAUGAUAACUACAACGAGGAGCAGAAGAAAAGAGAACAGAACCAGUGCUUGGGUCCAGAUACAAGGAAGAAAUCAGAAAAGGUUCUCUGUAAAUACUUUCACAGCCAGAACAUACAGAAAGCGGUUACCACAGAGACAAUUCGGGGCCUGCAGUCUGGCAAGUCCUACCUGCUUGAUGUGUACGUCAUUGGGCAUGGAGGGCACUCUGUCAAAUACCAGAGCAAAUUGGUGAAAACAAGGAAGUUCUGUUAGUGCACCUGUAAAUAGAGUUAUAUGGAACUCCACUCUGAGCGUUAUCCUACUUCCCAGUAUACAGAUUGACUACUUGCACAGCUGAGAAGUUGUGGCCUGUAUUUGUACUGUGUAGAAAAGAUAUCAGCUUGUAUAUUUAUGUUUACAUAAGUGAUUGUUUGGAGGAACUGAGGCUAAUGCCCUCUGGUAGCAUCUGACAGCUGUACUAUCAUGUGUCUGGUGACCCACAUUCGAUGCUCAGUAGAUGUCUGAGGUAGCUGGAGACCUUGCAGGAACUGACACUCCUUCACUUCCACAUUGCAUGAACUGCUUCUAAAUUAUUUUAUACUUAAAAGGCUGAGAUAAUUCAUUCAUCCACCUUGUUACUCACACACAAAACAAACAGGAAUACACCCUUUCUCUGAGUGUAGAUGGUAGAGUUUCUGUAAAUUAUUUUAUAGAGUCCUGUUUUAAAUGUUUAUGUUUCUAUGAUUGUAAACUAUUAAAAUCUUUCCCCAUUAAAAUACAGAUCUAAACUAAAUAUUAACUGAGCUGCACAUGAAUCAGUUUCAUUGCUAAUGUAAAUUCUUACCUAGCUGAUUUUCGCAUUUAAAUACUGUACGUAUUUCAUGUACAAAGUUGCCAUAACAUUAUAUUCCUGUACAGAAAAUUAAAAAAAAUAUUAGAUUAUAUAUUGUUUCCUUUUUCUUGAUGUUUUAAGGGAGAAAACAGAGUUAGACACAGAAGAGGCAGGCUGCGACUUGAAUUCAAUUCAGUUAGCACACACUUAUUUUUUAUUGUUUUUCAUCUUUCGGAGCAAGGUGGCCAAAGUCCAGGUGAAGGAAUUAUUACUGAUGUUACAGAGAGAGAGAUUAAAGUCUGUGAGAGAGCCAUUGGAAGAGGGGCAUUUGUGACAUGCUCUGCGUCUGCUCAGAUAGGAUCGCUGGAGGAAAGGGACAGCAUGGAAGAACUUUGUCCCAUAUAAAAAAGGGUCCCAUUUUGUCAUGGUUGCAAGUACUUGUGAUGUAUAGCAUUCCUUAGAGGUUCACGGCCUGAGUUGGAGCAAGCAUACCAUUCAAACAAACAACUCACCAGAGAGCCAGACAUUAUUUUUGUUAGAUUAUCAUUGAAAACAUUUGCUUUCUGAAUGCUGCUGAUCUUGACCACAGCAAUAGUAAAUGGAGAAGAUUUUUUUCCAUUGACAAGAAUGGUAGUGCUAAGAAAAAAAAUAAAAGAGUAAUUUAAAACGCA